AGCAAAGACGAGAUGAAGUAUGUUUUCUAUUAUUAAAGAAAAUCUUAUACCAUGGGGCAUCAUUCCUAUAAACAUGAAGAACAUUACUCCACAGUAGAAGGAAUACAGCAUUUCAGCUUUCAAUGUAAUUUUACUAGAUGCCAGUAGAGGGCCAUAUAAGGUAUUGGUAAAAAUGACCCAUGUAACUUCUUUUAUGUAAGCUAAACUUUUCUAAAGAAAGGAGUUUGCAUAUAUGUGCUAGAAGGGGUCUGACCUUUUUAUAUAACAAUAAGAACCAUCAUUAAAAGUAGACUUCACGUUUUAUCAAUCAUAGCUUAAAGGGUAGCUCCCACCAUCCUAUUUUAUUUUUUUUUGCUAGCCGGUCGCCAGGCAGGGAGCGAGUGCAGCCUAACUGAAAAAGGACUGAUUGCCACUCCAAAAUCAGUCCUUUUUCAGUAGCCAGUUUUUAAAUGUAAAUUAAACCUUUUUAAUGAAAAAAAUAAAUAAAUAAAAGUAUAUUAGAGAUAUGUUGUAGUACAUAAGUACUACAACAUAUCAAAAAAUAAAGUUGGUGACAGUGCCCAUUUAAAGGAAAUCUGGCAUCAAUAUCACCCACACUAACCUUUUAUACAGGCUUGUAUUAUCAAAACGAUACUUACCUUGUCCCAAUACAUCGCUGGGUUCCACCAUUAUUUGGCUUUUUCGUGAUAUGCUAAUGAACUGUUUGUGCCUGGGGAAGUGAGCGUAGCUCCGCCAUGCCCAGUGAGGUCACUGCUGCUGGGUCGGCACUCCUUCUGGCUCAUCAAUAUUCAUAUCCCCCCUUCCUUCCUGCUCAUUCUCUCUCAGACAGCGGCACCGUCAGAGAGAGACUGAGCAGAGAGGGGGGGGGGAAUAUGAAUAUUGAUGAGCAAGGCGGAGUGCCGGCCCAGCAGCAGUAACAUCACCAUGUCUGGUGCUGCUGUGUCAGAGAGAGAAUGAGCAGGGAGGAAGGGGGGAUUAUUGAUGCCCGAUGCAGCUCAUUAGCAUACCAUGAAAAAGCAGAAUAAUGGCGGAAAGGCUGAACAGGAUGAGGCAAAUGUUUUGAUCAGUGUCACUUGCACUAGAAGAAUGAAUAACAGGCAUCCUGAAGGGACUGGAGAGCCAGAGUCCAGGAAAGCCAGAACGGCGAUGAUCUCUUUGGAGGGAAGAAAAAGCUGGACUAUCAAAUUUAUGCAUGGAGAGGAGGAAUUCACACCUGAGGAAGGCCUCUCCUACAAACCCUAGGUGUGAUUGUUUCACUGUGGCUGAGGGCGCAGAGGACAGUCCUUAAGGAAGUGGUCUGCACUGGCGCAGUAAAGACAAAGAUUUUUGGUUCAUCAACGAGUCCUUUCCUGCAGGGUCAAGCGAGACCGAUCCACCUGCACAGCCUCCACUGUGGGAGGCACAGAAGAAGUUUGUGGUGGUUGGUGGAAGACUGGUGCCAGACGAGGAAAGUGCCAAGGUCGUGCAGAUUCCCUUUAUUGUCGUAAUUCCUCUCGUCGCUCGGAGAAAUGGAUAUCGAUCUGGGAUGCCAAUUGUAUAAGUUCGUUCAAGGUAGACGGCAAUUCCCGGGCUGCGAGGACAUCCUCAAUUUGGCUAGAUAAUCCUCUCUUGAAGGUAGCGCAGAGAGCUUCAUUAUUCCAGGCCAACUCCAAUGCCAGGGUUCGGAACCGGAUGGCAUAUUCACCAACAGUGGAGUUGCCCUGAGAAAAAAUUCAGCAGAGCUGUCUCUGCGGAGGAGGCUCGAGCAGGUUCCUCGAAGACAGUGCAAAAUUCCAUCAGGAAUGCCUGGAGAUUAGUAGUGAUGACAUCACUGCGAUCCCACAGUGGGGUUGCCCAGGCUAAAGCCCUUCCAGACAGGAGACUAAUGACGAAAGCUAUCUUUGCACGUUCUGUGGAGAACUGGUCCACCAUGAGUUCUAUGUGCAUGGAGCACUGCAUCACAAAACCACAACAGGACUUGGGAUCCCCCUCAUAUUUUUCUGGAAGCGACAAACAGAGUUUGGUUCUGGAGGAGACUGCAGCAGCGGGAGGCUGUACUGGAGCUGGAGGAGGAGGCUGAGGCUGUGGCAGUUGCUGCUGAGCAGAAAGCAACUGCUGCAUCAUGGCGGUUAGCUGGUUAAGCUGCUGUGCCUGCUGGACCAACUACUGGGACUGGAGCGCCAUGAUAGAUGCAAGAUCUGAGUUAUCAGGUAGAGGAACCCCAGUUGGAUCCAUGGCCGGAUCUUGCUGUCACGCACCUGGAUGGAGGCUGUCACGGAGCUGGAAGUGGAUCCUCCACCUGUGUGGCUGAUGACUCGGACCGUUUUCACCAGAGCCCGCCGCAAGGCAGGAGGGGCAUGCUGUGGCAGGCGACACCCAGGUCGCUACCUCCGACAUGGCUCGACCACACAGUGUUUUCAGGCUCUGACCUGUGACCAUGGCCUCUCCACAAGACCCAUUGCUGAAGGAGGAGGAAGAAGCAAUGGAAGACCAUAGUGAUAUGGAUGUAGAAAAAGGUGAUAUCCCUGAGAGGCAGAACCUGCCAUCUCUAAGCGGGAUGUCCAACGCACGUUCCAUCAUCACCGUAGUGAUCCUCGCCUUUGUUAAUUUGCUCAUCUAUGCAAAUCGCUCCAGCGUGGCGGGGGUGCUGCCUUAUAUACAGAAAGCAUAUGACACCAAUGCUAGUCUGUCCGGCUUAUUGAAUACAUUGUUCAUUGGAAGCUACGUGCUGGUCGCACCAAUUGCCGGAUAUUUGGGCGACCACUGUAAUAAGAAAUAUACUGUUUGCGCAGGAGUCAUCGUUUGGCUGAGCAUGACACUUACCCUGUCAUUCAUCCCUGAUGGGUACUUCCUGCUCUUCUUGCUGACGAGUGGACUGGUUGGAGCCGGAGAGGCGACUUUCUGCACCAUCGCCCCCUCCAUCAUUGCAGACCUUUUUACAAGUGACCAGCGGACCCGCAUGCUGAACGUGUUUUACUCCGUCAUACCUGUAGGCUGCGGACUAGGAUACAUCAUCGGGCCCAAAGUGACUGAUGCAGCAAGGGGCGAUUGGCACUGGGCGUUUCGGGUCACCCCUGGCCUGGGCCUCACAGCUGUGGCUUUGAUGAUUUUGGUCACAAAGGAGCUUCCAAGAACGACUACAAACGGGAAGAAGAACAACAAAUCCCAGAAGUUUGCCAAAUGGGCGACAGAUCUGAAAAAACUAUUUAAAAAUCGAAGCUUCAUGUUAACCACCAUGGGAUCGACGGCUGUAUCCUUCAUAGUGGGAGCCAUAGGUGUAUGGGGUCCGUCAUACCUGACCCACGCACGAACACUCCUACAAGAGAAGGACCCUUGCCGUGCUGAACCGUGUGACUAUCACGACAUCCUAAUAUUUGGUGUGGUUACAGUCGUUUCCGGCAUUCUGGGAGUUGUAGCAGGGACGGAGAUAAGUAAAAGAUAUCGCAAAUCCAACCCACGGGCGGACCCGCUUGUGUGUGGAUGCGCGAUGAUGCUCUCCGCCCCUUUUCUUCUGUUGGCAUUGACUUUUGGCAACAUCAGCCUCGUUGCCACCAACAUCUUCAUCUUCAUCGGAGUGACGCUUCUGUCAGUAAAUUUCACCCUCAUAUCUGACAUCAUACUAAAAGUAGUAACUCCGUGGAGGAGAUCUUCAGCCCUGGCCGUGCAGAUGACAAUCUAUCACCUCCUAGGUGACGCCGGCAGCCCGUACCUCAUCGGCCUGAUAUCUGACACGUACGAACGAGGAUAUGCCAAAUCCCCUCUUCUGAAAUACCGCAGCCUGGAGUAUGCCCUCAUGACCUGCACCAUAAUGGCAGUCAUAGGAGGGGCCUUCUUCAUGGCCACGGCCCUAUAUAUAGAGAGGGACGAAAAAGAAGCAGAGAUGGAAUCAGAACCUCCGUCAUCCUCCUCCUCCUCACUGCUUCCUGCUGAUGAGGACCGGGCUUCAGACUGAGGAAAAGUCAUUGCUUACCUU